AUGUCAACUUCAUCUGGUUUAGUAUUACUCUCCUCGCACACCCAAACGACGACGACGAGCGCGCAAAAGCAGCGAAAGAAGAUCAUCAGUAGCAUCUUUAAGGCGAAGAAGAAUACGAACAACCACGCGUGGAGACGACGAGUUGGCCCCGUCUUUGCAUUCGCGAAAGAAUCAUCUGUAGAAGUUGAGUACGCACCAGCCUCAUCAUCAACGUCAACUUCCUCCUCGUUCUCCUCCUCGUCGUUGAAAAAUGCCGGUGUGAAAAUCGGUUCAUUAGCGGCGUCGUUCAUUACGUGCUUGGACGCGCACGCGGCAACUGCGCAGAGUAGUAACCCAGAAAUGAUCGCUGAAGUUGCCGAAGCGGCGAGCGCGUUGGCGACGUAUUCUGUUAUUGGACUGACUGUGGCAGCUAUCGGCGUCUCCCUCUUCAAAUCUUUUGGCUCGUUCGUAUUACCCGGACCCAGAGCCUCUGCCUCGCAUAUUUUAGUCGCGGAUGAGUCCUUAGCGGUCUCGUUGAAAGAGCGUUUGUUGGAAGGGCCUCAAAGCACGUUACUGGACCGGUUCGCGAAAGAGGCGUCCGCGUACUCCACGUGCCCUUCAAAAUCUAAAGGCGGGGAUCUCGGGGAGUUUAAGCCCGGUCAAAUGGUUAAAGAAUUCGAUACGGUGGUGUUUGAAGCGCCUUUGAUGGAAUUGCAAGGUCCGGUGAAGACGCAAUUUGGCUAUCACUUGAUUUUAGUCACCGACCGAAACGAACCGUCGGCGUAA